AUGUCUAAUGCAAUGGAAAACAAUAAGAACUACAUCUUAAUAUCAGAUUCUGAGGAUGAAGGAGAAAUAAGAGAUUUUGAUUUAAAUGAAGAGCCUCCUUCUCCAAUCAUUGAUUUAAAUGAAGUGCCUCCUUCUUCUCCCAUUGAUUUAAUUGGAGUUCCUUUUAAUUCUCAGGUCUAUGCUAUUGAUUGCAACAUGCCAAUGGAUGACGACCUAGCUCAAACAUCAUUGACUCCUCCUAAAGUACAUGUUACAACAGAUAGUCAUGAACAACACAAUAAUGGGAAGCGGGUUAACUUGGAAAUUCAUGAUACUAAUAAAGGUAAAAUGUCAAUGUAUUGUUUGGAGGAAGCAAGUGCUAAAUUUGGUGAAGGCUGGUCAGUAACUAAAGAUUUCCAAUUAGGAGGAAAAAGCAACAAAAAUGAAGCCACUCAACGAAGCAUCUUACCUCUUGAAAAGGUUGUUGUUGCUGCUUCUGCUGCUCUGGAAUCUGGAUCAAAAAGGAGCUACUUCAGUUGCAUAACUGCUGGAUGUCCUGUUAGGAAGCAAGUUGAGAGAGCUCCGCAAAAUUUGAAAUAUGUGGUUGUUACUUACGAGGGCACACAUAAUCACAAGGUUACCAUGGAAAAACAUAUAGAUCCCUCACUUGAUGCUGAUAAAUUUCUCAAAGUCGCUGCUUCGCUAUCGACUGUUGCAAUACCUGGGAAUGUUAAUAUUCCAAAGCAUGGAGCCAAUCGUGAAGAUGACAAUGAUUUUGCGAGGCUCCCUUCGGGGCAAAAUUUCUGCAAUGACCAUGGGAAUGUUGAAUCUUCCUCCACAAACCAAAUUCAGUUUAUCAACUUGAAGAACGAUGACAAUGAUAUAUGA